UGGCUUUGGGCACCCAUUUUCAGUACACCACACACGUACAUAGUACUAUAACACCACAGUGCAUCAUAGACCAUAGUAUCACAAUCACAAUCAAUUAUUCUGUGCUUCUAUUUACUUUUAUUUUUGAGAACUCAUAGUCAAUGUACUCAUAGUACAAAAAACCAAAUAGUAAAUACUAGGAAUAUUGUAAUAUACUCCCAACGUUUCGUGGACCGCGGUGUCUCCUUUGAAUCGUCGAGACACCAACAAAAUAUGGCUGUGGCUGGAGAACCUUUGAACUUGGCGAAAGAUGUCAAACGUGCCAUCGAACUGUUGGAAAAGCUCCAAAAAACUGGAGAAGUGCCGGUGACCAAACUAGCUGCGUUGCAAAAAGUAUUGCAGAGCGACUUCUUAGCAUCGGUACGGGAAGUGUACGAACAUGUUUAUGAAACUGUUGAUAUACAAGGAUCUCAGGAUGUCCGUGCAUCAGCUACAGCUAAAGCAACCGUUGCCGCGUUUGCUGCUAGUGAAGGUCAUGCCCAUCCAAGAGUGGUGGAAUUGCCCAAAACAGAAGAAGGACUUGGAUUUAAUGUGAUGGGUGGCCGAGAACAAAAUUCCCCGAUCUAUAUAUCACGUAUAAUACCCAGUGGUGUAGCUGAUAGACAUGGUGGUUUAAAGCGAGGGGAUCAACUUUUAUCAGUUAAUGGAGUGUGCGUUGAAGGCGAAAAUCACGAAAAAGCUGUUGAGUUACUAAAACAAGCUCAAGGCUCUGUCAAAUUAGUUGUCAGAUACACACCAAAGGUCUUGGAAGAAAUGGAAAUGCGAUUUGACAAGCAACGUGCUGCCCGAAGGAAGCAACUAAACCAAUAAUUACAUACUGUUGGUAUGAACAUUAGUCUAACUAUGAAUAGUAUUUGAUCACUUAAAUGGCAUACUUAUUUAGUUUAAGGGUUGUUAAAAUAUUCUUGUAAUAUGGUUGUCACUAAGUCUUGUCCUUACUCAUAUAUUGAUGUCCUCUAAUGAAUGAAAAAAUUGUGUUUUGUGUUUGCAAUAACAACCCUAAAUCAUAUACAAUAAUUUAGAAAUUUGAUUUAAUUAAUUAAUAAGUAACAACAAAUUGAUUUACUUAAAUUCUGUGCUUAGGUUAAGGUCCCCACAUGCUGCAGCGGUAUUGGUACAAUUCUUUUGUCUUUGCGGUUGCGGUAAAUUGUGUUCGAUUUCAUUUUACCGCUACCGCCACCGCUAUUGCUGCAGUGUGUGGAAACCUCUAGUCCACGUAAAAAUAACAAUACUCCGAUAAGUAAUUUAUUUAAACCCACCAUUAAAAUAAUGUAUUGUAAGUAACACAUCAUA